AAUCACAAUCACCACUAUUCCAAGUUCCAUGUAAUUCUGUUCGGCUGAUUCGCAUUCGAGUUCAGUAAGUUCAGUUGAGUUGGUUCGGCUUUCGGCAUGUACGAGACGUUCGAGUUGUUCAGUUGUUUCGAAUUGUCGUGAAUGUGAUGGCCUAAAAACGCGUCAAUUACGAAUAUUACCUACCCAGCUGUUCCAAACUGUUACUCGACAUUCAUACUGUGAUUGAAAUGUUCGUUGAAAUGUGCCUUUUUGAAUACGGAUUGCCAAUUAUCAUGGGACUCAACACAUGAAAAGAAGGAAACAAAUGGAGUCAGACUACCAAUGGCUUGUUGCGAUUGGCCUGGUGACAUCAUCAGUCAUUGCAGUGGCAGCAAACGCCUUUUUGCUGUUUGUCUUUUCGAGAAGAAGGAGUCUUCGCACCAUUCCCAAUAGAUUUGUCCUCAACUUGCUGAUAAUCAACCUCUUAUCCAGCAUACUUCUGAUUCCCUUGGUGGUCAUGGACCAAAAGCUGGUGUCCACCCAGAUGCAGCGCCUCAAUACCACUGUGGAAAGUAUUGAAUCAAACAUGACGAUCCGCCAGCAAGUCAUCAGCAUCAACGGCACGCUCAACUUCAUGAGCUCCCUAGAAGAGAUCCAUCAGACCACCAUUCCAGGAAAAGUUGUCCUCUUGGACCCCGAAGUGGACGAGGAGAGCAUGUGCUACUUUGCUCAAGCCAGCACUAGCUUCGUGUGCACGGCGUCAAUAUUCAGCAUUUUACUGAUCGGGAUCAACCAGUACUUCGGAGUGAUUCACUCGCUGAGGUAUCACUUUUACGUCAACAGAGUGAGAGCUUCGUUGUUCAUAAUGAGCAGCUGGUUCGCGGCGAUUGCGUGUUCGAUUCUGAGCAUUGUCACCUACUCAGAUGGCAGUCUGUGGAACUUUUGCUCCAAGAGAGUCAUCGACAGCGACCGCAUGAAAAUCAUCAACACCACAUAUGCGUUUUCGUACUUCAUUUGCGUGAUUCUGGUUCCCUGUUUGGCGAUUUGUGUUAUCUACGUCUGUAUAUACACAGCAGCCCGCCAGAACAGCGAACGCAUGCGCAAAAGUACGUCGGCAUCUUCCACAGCACCUCUGGACCAGAUGGACGAGCUGGAGAAGGACGAGCUGCCAAAAUUGCCGAGAGUUCACUCGGCGCCCAACUUUUCCGCGCUGGAAUCGAGCAAAAUGGCUCGAGUGCAUCAGGAGACCCUGCGAAGCAGCAGAGUGAAAAGGACCAACAGCGAUCGAAAUAACUUCAUAGUCAAUCUGAAGCACAAAAUCUCCAAUGCGUCAGUGUUCAGGUACAGGGAGGAGACGCGAGCGGCAAAAAUCAGUGUCCUGGUGAUUCUCAUGGUGCUCGUGUGUUACGUGCCGUACGGCCUAAAUCUGAUUCUCACGUCGGGUUCCAUUGACUUAAAGCCUGGCCAGAACUUCAAUUAUCUGUCCUUGGUGCUGUUGGUGUUCUCCAACAUAAUCUCGCCGUUCGUCUUCGGGUACCGCAACAAACGCGUCAAGAGGGAGAUUGGGAAAAUGCUCGGCUUCGUGCCCGCCUCGUCCAGUCCAGUUCGGGUACCAGACGUGGAGGGUUUCAAGCCGGCUUUGUCUUGUAACAGGAGCUUGGAGAGCGGCAUCAACCUCCAGGUGGAGACCCGGCAGCCACUGCUCGAAGACCAGAUGGUACCCGAGGUUGUGGUGACGUGCAAGGUGGAGACCGAGAGGAAGAGCAUUCUUAAGCGCGUUGGUUCGGGCUGGAGUAGUUAUAAGAAGUGCAACUUCAUCACGGUGCCUGAUAGUUGUCUGGGCGAUGCCAGAGGCUCGUUUUCCAGUGCCAGCACGCAGAUAUCCAGCGAUGACUGAGUGGGCGAUUGCGUUUUGGAGAGAGAUGCAAAGAGGCUACUACUUUUGGACUUAUCAUGGGACUCGAUGUCUGACCUUCUGAUUUACAAAUCAAAAUCAAUUCCUGGGCUUCAGUCAUUUAUUGUCUAUUUAUCAAUU